UCAAUUCGCCCAAGAAAAUUUGGGUCUCCAACAGCUUAGUGCUUGCACAAUCACAAGUCAAAACCAGACCACGCCACGCCGCACCCUUCUACACUGUCCCAUCGUCUCCCACCUCUCUCCACCAUUGUUGCUUGGGGUGCAAGCGCGCAGGAGAGGCCAGCUUUACGCACUAUAUGGCUUAGAUGUCGUAAAGGUCCUGAAAAGGCCAAACAAGAGGCCUUCUUCCCUGCUCAGCGCCAUCACUGUACUACUUCUUUGCUUCAAUGGAGCAUUUCUCGAUGCAACGCACCAUCACAUGGCCACGCUGUUUCUUCCUCUGCUUGUCUGUCCUGUCUGUCCUGCUCCUCUUCUUGUCCCCAGCCAACUCCCUGAACCAGAGCUCCUGCGACCCGGGUGAUCUGUAUGCUCUGCAGGGCUUCUCCAAAGGUCUCGCUGGAGGAGGCAUCGGCGGCUGGACGUUCCCAAACGCGACCUCCGACACGGCCAACUGUUGUGCAUGGCCUGGCGUCAAGUGCGACGAUGGUGGGCGGGUCGUCAGAUUGGACCUCCAAGGCAGGAGGUUGAGGGGCGAGCUCACACCUUCGCUCGCGCAGCUGGACCAGCUCCAGUGGCUCGAUCUCUCCGAUAACAGCUUCCGUGGUGCCGUCCCGGCGCCCGUGCUCCACCUCCAGAGGCUGCAGCGGCUUGAUCUCAGCUACAACGAGCUCAACGGCGCGUUCCCAGCCAAUAUAUCGCUCCCGCUGAUCGAGGUCUUCAAUAUAUCCUACAACUCCUUCAACGGCUCCCACCCCACACUCCGUGGUUCGCUGCAGCUCGUGGUGUUCGACGCAGGGUACAACUCGUUUGCCGGGCAGAUUGAUACAAGGAUCUGUGAGUCGUCUGGUGCAAUCCGUGUGCUCCGAUUCACGUCGAAUCUCUUCACUGGGGACUUCCCAGCAGGCUUCGGGAACUGCACAAAGCUAGAAGAACUAUAUGUCGAGCUCAACAGCAUCUACGGCCGCUUGCCAGAUGACCUAUUCAGGCUGCCAUCUCUGAAGAAUCUGUCUCUGCAGGAGAAUCAGCUCUCUGGCAGGAUGAGCCCAAGGUUCGGUAACCUGUCCAGCCUUGCUAGGCUGGACAUAUCUUUCAAUUCGUUCUCUGGAUACCUUCCAAAUGUUUUCGGUAGCCUUCGCAACUUGGAGUACUUCUCUGCACAAUCCAACUUCUUCAGGGGUCCAUUGCCUUCCUCGCUGUCCCAUUCACCAUCAUUGAGGAUGUUGUACCUGAGGAACAAUUCGCUGAACGGAGAGAUCAGUGUUAAUUGCUCGGCGAUGACACAAUUGAGCUCGCUUGACCUUGGCACAAAUAAGUUCAUUGGCACAAUUGAUAGUUUGUCAGACUGCCUUCAUCUAAGAAGCCUGAAUCUUGCCACAAACAACCUCAGUGGUGAAAUCCCUGCUAAUUUCAGCAAGCUUCAGUUGCUAACUUACAUGUCACUUUCAAACAACAGCAUCACAAAUGUGCCUUCAGCAUUAUCUGUCCUUCAAGACUGUUCAAACCUAACGAGCCUCGUGCUGACAAAGAACUUCCAUGAUGGGAAGGCCUUGCCGAUGACUGGAAUACAUGGCUUUCAGAACAUCCAAGUGUUUGUCAUUGCUAAUAGCCAUCUUUCAGGAUCAGUACCACCCUGGCUAGCUAAUUUCACACAGUUGAAGGUCCUGGAUCUGUCAUGGAAUCAAUUGGUUGGGAAUAUUCCUGCAUGGAUUGGCGACCUUGAUUUUCUGUUCUAUUUGGAUCUUUCUAACAAUUCACUUACUGGAGGAAUUCCGAAAAGCUUGUCAAGCAUGAAGGGCCUUGUAACAUGCAACAUCUCACAGCAAUCUACCGAGACUGAUUAUUUUCCUUUCUUCAUUAAAAGGAACAAGACAGGCAAAGGGUUGCAGUACAAUCAGGUUAGCAGCUUCCCGCCCUCUCUAGUUCUCAGCCAUAACAAAUUCAUAGGUCCCAUAUUGCCGGGCUUUGGAAGCCUCAAGAACCUGCACGUAUUGGACCUCAGCAACAACCAUAUUUCUGGUAUCAUUCCUGGAGAGUUAUCAGGCAUGUCAAGCUUGGAAUCCUUGGAUUUAUCACAUAAUAAUCUUACUGGAGGCAUCCCAUCUUCAUUAACAAAGCUGAACUUUCUAUCAAGCUUCAGUGUGGCAUACAACAAUCUGAUUGGCACCAUUCCAUCAGGGGGGCAAUUCUCGACAUUCACUAAUUCUGCUUAUGAGGGUAACCCCAAACUCUGUGGCAUCCGCUUAGGCCUAGCCCAAUGUCAUUCGACUCAUGCUCCUAUGAUGGCUGCAACAAAUAACAGAAAGAAGAAGGGUAUCAUAUUAGGAAUAGCUAUCGGCAUUGCACUUGGAGCGGCACUUGUUUUGUCUGUUGUUGUUGUACUUGUGCUGAAGAGUAGCUCCAGAAGGAAGGAUCAUAUAGUAAAGGCUGUUGUAGAUGAAAAGGGAGCCCUCGAGUUGGCACCAGCCUCACUAGUGCUUCUGUUUCAGAACAAGGAUGAUAAGGCAUUGACCAUCAGUGACAUCUUGAAAUCGACAAACAACUUCGAUCAAGCUAACAUCAUUGGUUGUGGUGGCUUUGGUUUGGUGUACAAGGCAACAUUACCAGAUGGAGCAAUGACCGCCAUCAAACGACUAUCAGGUGAUUUUGGUCAGAUGGAGAGGGAGUUCAAAGCAGAGGUGGAGACGUUAUCAAAAGCACAGCAUCCCAAUCUUGUGCUUCUGCAAGGUUACUGCAGGAUUGGCAGUGAUAGACUCCUGAUCUACUCUUUCAUGGAGAAUGGCAGCCUAGACCAUUGGCUGCAUGAAAAGCCUGAUGGUCCAUCCAGAUUAAUUUGGCAAAGAAGGCUUCAGAUAGCAAAAGGAGCAGCAAGAGGUUUGGCAUACCUGCACUUGUCAUGCCAACCCCAUAUUCUCCAUCGUGAUAUCAAGUCAAGCAACAUUCUUCUGGAUAAGAAUUUUGAAGCCCAUUUGGCUGAUUUCGGGCUUGCUCGGCUUAUUUGUCCCUAUGCUACACAUGUGACAACUGACCUAGUUGGCACGCUGGGUUACAUCCCCCCUGAGUAUGGCCAGUCUUCAGUAGCCACUUUCAAGGGUGAUGUUUUUAGUUUUGGCAUUGUCCUUCUGGAGUUAUUAACUGGAAAGAGGCCUGUAGAUAUGUGCAAGCCGAAGGGAGCUCGGGAGUUGGUCUCGUGGGUUAUACAUAUGAAAGAAGAAAACCGUGAAGCUGGUGUCUUGGACCGUGCAAUGUAUGAUAGGAAGUUUGAGAAGCAAAUGAUGCAGAUGAUUGACAUUGCUUGUUUGUGCGUAAGUGACUCACCAAAACUGAGACCAUUAACACAUCAGCUAGUGCAAUGGCUUGACGACAUUGGUUCUAGCAGUGAAGUACCAAAGUGAGGCAAGUUCUAAUAGCAACCGAUGUGGAUAUCUUUGUGCAUAAUUUAUCCCCUCUCAGAUGAUUUUUCUUCUAAUAGUGAAGGAUGUAAGAUAAUGCAUGAUGAUUGUAUACAUAAUACUGCUUUGCUUCAUGGGAGCCUAACAAAGCUGAUUCAAUAACAGCAACACUUUUGUUAGGUCGCAUGCAGUAUGUGCAACUUCCUUAUAGUUCAUGUAAUUUAUGUUCCUUUCUAUGCUUUGUCUGAAUAUCUUGUUUAUAGUUACAGGAUCUGUUCCAGUGAAAGGCAUACAUAAAUAUGUCUGAGUUUCUCCAAUAGGUUUAUGCAAAUAUUCAGUUAUCACU